UAGAAAAGACACAAACGAAAUAUUUCAACGUUGCUUUCCCAAUUCCCACGUUUCAGCACAAUCUCCCUCUCUUUGAUUAAUUUUCACUGCUCUCUAUGCUCUGAUUGUUUUGAAAGGAAAAAAACUUCAUCUACGUUCAUGGCAUAAGGCUGGCGGCAAAACUCAAGUUGUUCACAAUCUCUCUCUCUCUCUCUCUCUCUCUCUCUCUCUCUUCACAAGGAUCGUCUCUUUCACAGCGCAAGGGUACCGUCUAUCCACCUCCAGAGGAUAACAUUUUGCAGGACUUCCUACCUUAGCCUUUUCUUUUAUUAAUAUGGCUGAUUCAGGGGAAAAUCAACAGCCCGAACAAGUCUGCAACUUCUUCAGAAAGCCGUCAAGAAAUAAAAACAUCAGAAAACGAACAGUUGAUGAAGACGAAGAGGAGGAUUCAAAAACAGAAGGCUCAUUCUUACAUAGUCAGAAGAAAACCUUAAAGCCCGACAAUAAAUUGUAUUUUUCUAGUGGAUCUUCGAAGAACAAUACGUCUACUGAAGCGAAGAGAGAAUCUGAAAACCCAGUUUUUCAGUUUGAGUCUUCUAAGGAAAUUCAAGUUGAACAUGAUAGCAGAGCAACAGCAACACUGGAAACAGAGACUGAUUUCUCAAAAGAUUCUCGAGCAUUCCGUGAGAAAGCUCUUAAGCAGGCGGAGGAGGCUUUGAAAGGGAAAGGAAAGAGCUCUGGAGAUGACAAGUUGUAUAAAGGGAUCCAUGGAUAUACUGAUUACAAGGCUGGUUUCCGAAGAGAGCAAACAAUUUCCAGUGAGAAAGCUGGUGGGGCACAUGGGCCUUUGAGGGCUUCUGCUCACAUUAGAGUUUCGGCAAGAUUUGAUUAUCAGCCAGAUAUAUGUAAGGAUUACAAAGAGACUGGUUACUGUGGAUAUGGAGAUUCAUGCAAGUUUAUGCAUGAUCGAGGGGAUUACAAGUCUGGAUGGCAGAUAGAGAAGGAGUGGGAGGAAGCAGAGAAAGCAAGGAAGAGAAAUCUAGCUUUGGGAGUAGAUGAUGUGGAUGAUGGGGGUGUAGACCCUGGUGAUGAAGAUGAUGAUGAUUCGUUGCCCUUUGCAUGUUUCAUUUGUAGGCAGCCUUUUGUCGAUCCUGUACUAACCAAGUGCAAGCACUAUUUCUGUGAGCAUUGCGCAUUAAAGCAUCAUUCGAAGAACAAGAAAUGCUUUGUUUGCAAUCAGCCAACUCUUGGCAUUUUCAAUACAGCUCAUGAAAUACGCAAAAGGAUGGCUGCGGAGGGUAAAUAAUGGUCUCAGUGGCUCGGUCAUGAUCUUUAUUUUGUAGCGUUAUUAUUUUUUUUUCCACUGAGCUCUCUUUUAGUAUUGUUAGAAUUUUUGAAAGAGGAAUUUCAGUUCUCUGUCUCUCUUGUAUAUAAAUGUGCGAUGCCUUUGACAAAUUCUCAAUGAAUCGAUUAUUACCUUGAA